AUCCGCUUCCAACGACCUCCGGUUGUAGCUACAGCCCCCGUUUUGAAACUUGUAUUAAAAGGCCCUUCACACAUCAACUCCACCAUUAAUAUCUAUCAUUAGUUUGCCUAACCAUGAAUGCCGACGAGGGUAAACUGGUGGUCAUGGGCCGGGCAGAGAUUGACACCCGAGCACCUUUCCGGUCAGUCAAAGAAGCAGUUAUGUUGUUCGGCGAAAGAGUUUUGGUCGGAGAAAUAUAUGCCAAUAAACUCAAAGAGAUUGGAGCUGCAGGGUCAAAUGACACUAAUGGACAUGCUGCUCCGUCGAGGAUCGAGGUCUUAAUGGCCGAGCUCGAAGAAACAAAGAAAAGUCUACAGAAAGUUAGAGAAGAAAACAACUUAAUGGCAUACAGCAUCAAGUCACUCAGAGAAGAUCUUGAACAUUCAAAACAAGAGCUCCACAAGUACUUGAAGGCAAGAGAGUUUGAUGAUCAGAAGCACCGAGUUGAUCCUGAGAUUGAAGAAGAUUUUAAGUUCAUCGCGACCGGAGACACGAAGUUUGAAACCAAAAAAAUGUUGAGCCAAGAGGCUGAGGAAUUUGUGCAGAAGGAAAGACAUGUGAAGUUUGCAAGUCCUCCUUCGUUGGCUCAGGUUAUUGUUAACAAAGAAGGGUCGCAUGAGGGAUAUGAAAACCCUAGUUCUGUUAGAAAGCCAAAUAAGAAGAAGCCUUUGAUGCCUAUGAUGAUUGGGUGGCUUUUUCGCAAAAGUAAGGCAAUUCAGGAAGGUGGGUCUCCGAGGGCGUAAGGCUCCCAUGAGCGAGAAAGUCUUGUGUACGAUUGACGCAUGCAAUCUCUCUCUCUCAAGGGGAUGAGAUUACAGGUGGAAACGAGUGAAACAAAAACAUAAGAGCUCUGUUUGUGUGAAUGUGGUAGGAAAUAAGCAUAUUAAUAAACACUUAUGUAAUAGUCUAACGAUCAAACACCACAUCAUUUGGUUUAUAAAUUUAGUUUAAAAUUUUUGAUA